GUCACUGUGGAUGGACUUGAUCCUGGGUCUACAUAUGAAUGUUCUGUGUGGGUGGAAAAGAAUGGAGCCUAUAGCUCCAAUCAGACUCUCAGUAAUACCACAGCACCAGCUGCUGUCAACAUCACCUCCUGCAUCAGCACUUCUGGGGGUUAUGGGGUCAUCCUGACCUGGUCCUGCCCAUCUGGGGGUUAUGAAACCUUUGAUGUGAAAGUGGGUAGGAAACAGAACUCCAAAAAUGGAUCUUUGUGUGGGAAGGGUGUGACAGUGUCAGAUCUUGAGCCAGCUCAGUCCUAUACAGCCACCAUCACGACUGUCUUCAAUGAACUGAAGGCCCAGUCUGUCUCUACAACUUGCCACACAGAGAGUGCAGCCAUCAUUGCUGGAGCCAUUGUGGGCAUCCUCCUGCUUCUCAUCCUGGUGGGCCUGCUGAUUGUCUUCCUGAAGAAGAGGAGAAAGAAGAGACAGCCAAAGGACAUGCCCAAGGAUCUGGUGUUCAGCUUCCCAGGGGAUAUCCUGGCCAAACACUUUGCUGACCAUGUCAAGAAGAAUGAAAAGGACAGUAACUGUGGAUUUGCUGAGGAGUAUCAGCAAUUGGCUCUGGAGGGUCAAGGCCAGUCUCAAAUGAUGGCUCUAGAGAACAUGUCCAAGAACCGCUACAGGAAUGUACUGCCUUAUGACUGGUCCCGGGUUCCCCUGAAGCCCCUCCACGAGGAACCAGGCUCUGACUAUAUCAACGCCAGCUUCAUGCCUGGUCUCUGGAGCCCCAAGGAGUUCAUUGCAACCCAGGGUCCCCUGCCUCACACUGUGAGUGAUUUUUGGCGAAUGGUGUGGGAACAGCAGAGCCAUACCCUGGUCAUGCUAACCAACUGCAUGGAGUCUGGACGGGUGAAGUGUGAGCAUUACUGGCCCCUGGAUGCUCAGCCCUGCAUUCACGGGCAGCUGCAGGUAACGCUGAUUAGCGAGGAGGUGUCAGAAAACUGGACAGUGAGGCAUCUUCAGCUCUUCCAUAUGGGAGAAAAGCAGACUCUCUCUGUGCGCCAAUUCCACUACCUGGCCUGGCCAGAUCAUGGAGUUCCUUACUCCCCAGACCCCUUGCUGGCUUUCCAAAAGGUGCUUCGGCAAUGGUUGGAUCAGACCAUGGAUGGAGGUCCACCCAUUGUGCAUUGCAGUGCUGGUGUGGGCCGGACGGGCACCCUAAUUGCACUGGAUGUUCUGCUGCGACAGCUGGAGUGUGAGGGGUCGGUGGGUCCCUUCAGCUUUGUGAAGAAGAUGAGAGAGAGCCGGCCACUGAUGGUGCAGACAGAAGCCCAGUAUGUGUUUCUCCACCAGUGCAUCUUGAAAUCCCUCCAGAAGCCAGCUCCAACCCUCGUCCCAAAGGAAGCAACGCAUGAGAAUGUGGCAAGCUUAGUUUAUGAGAAUGCAUCUGCCAUCAAGGCCCAAGAGUCUGAGGUCUUAGCUUCUCGGUGCUGAGCCCAGACACAGAAAUACUCAGGCCAGAUCUGGACCUGCCCUGGAGCCCAGAUACCUGGGCUUCAAGAGAACUGAGGAUUGAAGUCCAGCUUCCCCAACCCCAUGGGAGGAGGCCACUGGAAAGCCAUCUCCUGUGGUCUAAGGGCAGGAAGGGGCUGGUGUACUUCAACUUUGAGCCCUGUGAGAGGUGGAGCCUAAGCACAGGGGUGACAGGUAGCUACGGCCUGGGUAUGCAGGCUCUCGAAGCAACAGGCUGGAACCUGGAUUCAAAAGAAGGAAUCAGGGUCUGGAAUUCUACCUGAGGAGCAAAGGCAGGCAGGUACUUGUCCCCUUUUACCUCAGAAACCAAAUCAGUCUCCUUUAAUCUGAGCUAAAGGGAUUUGUUUGUGGUCUCCCGUGCCCCACACCUGUACAUUCUUUCCUUCUAUAUAAUUUAUUAAACUGUUCUCCCUGAA